AAGGUUACGUGUAUUUACUUUAAGGAAUGCGGAUAAUCUUAGUACUUCAAAUAAAACCGCAUAUAGGAUCAACUUACAAGAUAACUAUACGAAUUACACUUUUGCAUUGAAGCGUGGUUUGUUAGAAUGACUUCAAACUUUUAGAUUUAUAUAUAUGUCAAGUUGUUGAGCAACAAAUCUCUCGCUCUCAUACGUGGCCAACAGGAAACGUGCAACAGUACAACGAAAAAUAACGUAAAAGCAGAGACAAGAGGGCAUGGCAAAGACAUUUCCUUAUACAUGAAAGGCAAAUGAAACAGACAAUCACUUCAGGCAGAACUGUCAAGCAGAGAUAAGAGGAACACAGUGGUAUCACAAGCAGGUGACAGGAGGGCCUUAAUAACACAUCACCACCUCCCUGGUGUGGUCAGGACUGGAGAGCUGGAUACAUUGAGAAUACUGAAUAGCAACACAACAAUACUUCUGAUACAAUGGGUCAGUGCUGUGCAAAGUGCAAGGAAAGUCCAGAGGUGGUUAGUGUGGGGGAGAGACAGGAGGUUGGUCGACCUUCUCUCACACCAUUAGUAGCUUCAGAAGAGUCUCCAGACGCACAGGAUGUCGCCCCUGCCCCGCCAGUUCAACCACAGGAUGAGCCCCAGCCUGAGGCCCCGUCAGAGCCCAGUGAGAGAAGUACCUCAGCCUCACCAGUAUCAGCUAUGAAAGAUGGAGAGGCCCUUCCUUCAUCUCCAAAGGGGGAUUAUCUUGAUUUUCCAAUUAUGCAAGAUAUGAAGACCAUAGAAUAUGUCCUAAAGAGCAAAGUUAUUGUAAUUAUGAAAGGCCUCCCAGGAUCAGGGAAAUCAUUCAUCAGUAACCAGCUGAAAAAAAUGUACAAGGAUGGAGUAAUAUGCUCAGCAGACCACUACUUCAUGAAGGGUGGACAAUACAAGUUUAAUGCAGACAAGCUGAAGUUUGCUCAUGAGUUCUGUCAGGAGAAUGCAAGGAAGGCUGCUGUCAGUGGUGCUCCUGUUAUUAUUAUUGACAACACAAACAUUCAAGCAUGGAACUACAAGUACUACUUGAGGCUGAGCAAAGAGCUUCACUACACGCCUCUCAUUCUGGAGCCUCAAACACCCUGGGCAAAGAACAUCAAGUUGCUUGCCAAAAAGAACUCUCAUAGUGUUCCCAAAGAGGCGUUAGAUCAGAGGCUGAAGAAAUAUGAACCAGCACUACCACUGUACUAUUGGUGGUUCCUGAAUGAGGAGGACUCCAGUCAAAUUCUUACCCUGGCACAGGACUGGCUGAAGAAGUCGCUGCAGGUGCAAGAAUUUUUCAGAGACUUCUGUGAAUUUUCCAAGCUCUCAUCAGUUGAAGACAUGUUGAUGUACUACAAGAGAAAUGAGGGACCUGGAGACUACAAAGUUCUCCAUGCCACUGCCUGUGUCACCAGGAAGGGCAAGGCAAAGAAUGCCAAGGAGUACAUGGCAAAGAAGGUUGUCAGAGAUUCUCUUGGCAAAAAUUUCCCCCUCCAUAUCAUUGGCUUUGUCUUAACACCACGGACAUAUGGAGCCAGGCUAAGGUUAGGAGAAGAGGCACUGGAGUUGUGGGGCAUGGAUGAUCAUGAGGUAGAGUCAGAAGACACCACAAGUGCACCAGCAGGUCAACAGCCUGCUAGAGAUGGUCAAGUCAGCUUAGGUGACACAAACUUGAGGAGAGGCUCUUGUCAUAGCACCUUAAGAACAGGGGAGUCUCAGCUGCACAAAUCUCGGUUUCAUCCUACGAGUGACAGAGGAAGCCGUGCUCAUCUCACUCUUGGAUGUGCCCCAAAGGUCCAUGCUAAAAUCACUGGAUUUGACUUGAUGAAAGUUGUUUCCUUUGAGCAAAGAGUUGUAAAAAAUGGAAACCCUGAAGGGUCAAGUGAAAUGUUUGAAUCCUUUUCAAUCCCAGAAGGUGAACUGAGAACUUAUGGUGAAAAUAUUUGGGUCAUAUAUCCAGAGAAAGAAGUUCAUGUCAGUUCUUUGUUUUCAGCAUUUUAUUAGGUACAGUGGAAUUUCUCUCUCUCUCUCUCUCUCUCUCUCUCUCUCUCUCUCUCUCUCUCUCUCUCUCUCUCUCUCUCUCUCUCUCUCUCUCUCUCUCUCUCUCUCUCUCUCUC